AUGUCGUCCUCCUCUGGACUACGACAGUCCAUCAGAGAUGUCUCGCCAUAUCUUAUCCUCUUAGUCGUCAUUAGCACCCUCGGCCCGCUACAGUUUGGUUUUCAUCUUGCUGAGCUUAAUGCACCUCAAGAUGUCAUCUCCUGUCGGGUCAGGCAGCAGUUUGUAUCGCGAUUCUCCGCCGCCCUAUCCUUCAUGUCAUCGUCGUCCCCGAACAAUGAUCAAGCGACUGUUUCCUCUGCGCUACCCGAUUGCGUGCCUAUGGAUGAUGCUCAAUUCGCCGUUGUAUCGAGUAUGUUUACACUCGGCGGUCUGGCCGGUGCUCUCGGGAGUGGACCCAUCGCCUCCGCUAAGGGUCGCCUUGUGGCCAUGAGACUGACCAGCUUGUUCUAUAUUGUCGGCUCCAUCAUUGAGACUUUUGGGGUUUCCAUUGCUAUGCUAGCCGUCGGUCGUAUCUUCUCGGGUGUCGGUGCCGGUGCCGCUACGGUCAUCGUGCCCAUUUAUAUCAGCGAGGUAGCACCUCCCCGCGAACGUGGUAUUUUCGGCGCCAUGACACAGGUCAGCAUCAAUGUUGGUAUACUGGUUACACAAACUAUGGGAUAUUUCUUGAGCUAUGGCUCUGCAUGGCGAUGGAUACUGGGCGCCGGUAUUAUUAUCGCUGCUGUCCAGGGCUUUGGCUUGUUACUAAUACCAGAGAGCCCGGUUUGGCUAGCGGCAAACCAGAGUGCUACUCAAGCGAGACGUAUAUUACAAAGGAUCCGAGGACGACAUUACGAUAUCGAGGAGGAGACUUCUACGUGGGGGGACUCUACAGUCAUCCCAGAGGAAGAGGGACUUCUUAACGAUCCUUCUAGCGGUCCUAGGAGAGGAUCGACCUCUAGCAAAGCUAGCGUUAAGAAUAAUGGGACUCUCGGCUUCAUGGAGGUAGUAAAAGACCCUUUAUACCGUCCUGCUCUUAUUGCAGCCGUCGGUGUCAUGUGCGCACAACAAUUAUGCGGUAUCAAUUCCAUUAUCAUGUACUCGGUGUCGCUUCUCCGGGACCUCCUACCGAUUAACUCGGCGUUGUUGACGAUCAUAAUAUCAGCCAUCAAUCUCAUCACGACUGUUGCGUGUUCGCCGCUGCCGGAUAAGUUCGGAAGGAAAACAUGUCUCCUCCUUUCCAUCUUCGGGCAGGGUGCAAGCGCGCUCGUGCUGGCCUUGUCUAUCUUAUUCGAGACCAAGAUUCUCUCAGCAAUUACGGUUCUCUUUUUCGUGGCUUUUUUUGCUGUUGGACUCGGCCCGGUACCGUUCAUUCUUGCCUCUGAACUAGUUGGGCAAGAAGCCGUCGGUGCGACCCAGUCCUGUUGUCUGGGUGCAAACUACAUUGCUACGUUUUUAGUGGCCCAGUUCUUCCCGAUUAUUAACGUCGCUCUGAACGAGCGAUUUGGAGGUGCCGGUUGGGUCUACUUCAUAUUUACCGCUUUAGCCGUCCUAUGUGGGUUAUUUGUGUUCUGGCGUGUACCAGAGACUAAGGGGAGGAAUGCGGACGAAGUCUGGGGCCGGGCACGGCGGAUCGAUUAG